AUGUCCGUAGACAAGGUAUCCUCGGCCGGCGGCGGCGUGACGGGCUCUGGGCUCGGCAGUCUGACGGGGGCUCUGCAAGGCGGCGUCAACAACCUCAUCAACAUGGGCAGCACGUGGCUGGACCGGUUCUUCCCAGCGGAAAAGCGCGAGCAGUGGAAAGAAUGGCUGACCAAGUUCGCGACGGAGCGGCCAUACCUGGCGUCGUUUCUGCUGUCGCAGGUCGCCAUGAGCGGGCUGCCGCUGGCGUUGUUCGCACUGAUGACGGUGACGGUGUUCGUCUUCGCCCUGCUGGCGGGCGUCUUGGUCGGCGUGCUCGGCGCGCUGCUGUUCGUGGUCGCCGCCGUCGGCUUUGCCCUGCUGAUUCUGUUGCCUGUCCUGUUCUUCACCACCGGCGCCGCCGUCUUUAUCUGGCUCUGGGCCGUCGCCGCUUACUACAUCGUCAAGUGGUUCAAUCAGAAGGAUGUCCCGGGAAUCCACACCGACGUUGCGGGCGGUCUGGCCAAGGCAACUGGCUUGAGCGAUCUGCCUGGUAUCAAUGGCUCUGCGUUAGGCGCCGGCGAUGAUAAUGGCAACCGCGAUGACAAUGAACACCACGAUGACAAUGGCAGCCACGAUGGCAAUGACGACAGACACUCGCAGCCACAGACACACUCUACGUCCAAGGCCCACCGUGCUCCGGCGAAACUCGACAAAAAGGACAACAGCUCCACCUCCACUGGUGCUCAGCAUCACUCGGAUGCAAAGGACAACAGCUCCACUGCCACUGCUACCUCCACCUCCACCGGUGCUCAACAUCACUCGGAUACAAAGGAACCCAGCACCACCCACCAGAGGAAGCAGGCGCCUCGGCCUUCUUCGACCGGGCACCCCUCCAAAGUCUCCGAUACGGUCAAUGGUGUUGCGAAGACUGCCGACGGAGAUGGAGACGGAGCUGAUGGAGAUGCGACCAAGACCAAUGGGACUUGA